CAUUUUGCUUGGUGGGAUCGUCACAUCCGGGCUCGCAGGGUAUUAAUGUGGGUCUCACCAGCGCCAUUUGUCGUGCAUGCGUGCGGUCAGCAACCGUCUGAUCAUCAGUUGUUACCAAGGAAACCGUUGUGGAAUUGGGUCGUGUGAAUGCUGUAAAUAUUAAGUAAAGCAUGGCAGAGGUAAGGAUCGCUGUGGCUUACCUGUUGACUGUCCUGCCUGUUGUCACCUGUAAACUCACCAUCUAUCCCGUUGCUGAUGGAGCGCCUACUUCUGACAAGUUCCGGAUAUACUUGUCACAAGACGGACAGCAGCAGCAGCAGUCUCAUGUCUACAUCACCAGGUCGGACCACAGGUACCAUGAAGAGACAAAGCAUGUUAAACGAGGUCGGUCCAUGUCCUGGACGUCCUUUGCCUUCACAGGAGGAAAGGUCACGGUCAAAGUUCAUGCGCCAAAGAAUUUUACAAACUGCAUCGUCAGACCGACAAGUUAUGGCUACAGGUGUCGCCGCACUGGCGGAGAGCAGGUCGCCGUGUUUGAAGUCACUGAAAACACAAAAAUGAUGUCCGUGGAGUUUGACUACGACGACGGGUCCAAGAUUGGCGGUCCCGACAUCACAGACAAGCUGAUGGUCUUCGCGGAUCCUCCGGAAACCAGUCAACCCUCCAAGACCGACAAUUCAGUCAUAUACUACGAUGCCAAAGUUCAUGACCUAAGUGGCCAGGUGAAACUUAACAGUAACAUCAGGGAGGUGUACCUGGCCCCUGGCUCCUUCGUGAAGGGGGCAUUCAAGACCAUGGCUGAUCACGGGGUGAAGAUCCAUGGCAGGGGGGUUCUGGACAGCAGUGACAUCAACAGGAAGGAGUGUCACAUGGAUUCAUGGGCGGUAAUAGACAUUAACAAGGGCGACAAUCACAUUGUAGAAGGCAUCACCAUCUCCGACCCAUGCCGCUUCUAUAUGAGGGCGCUGGGUACAAACAACAGCAUCAACAACAUCAAGAUGGUGGGUGCAUGGAUGUACAACAACGACGGCGUUGUGGUCGGCAACAACGGCACAGUGGCGGACUGCUUCAUCCACGCCAACGACGACGCCAUCAAGCUGCGCAGUGAUAAUACUAAAAUUACUGGCUGUGUGAUCUGGCAAGGCCAAAAUGGCGCCGUGUUCCAGACAGGAUGGGUGAAGAGAGCAGUGGUACACAAAGUCCAGAUAUCAAACAUCGACAUCAUCCACAUAGACUGGUGCACUUUCCAACCAUGUAAUAGACUGAGCGAAAACAAAGCUGUCUUCAACCACCGCCAGGACAAAACCAAGCACUUUGAUAUCUCCGAUGUGGUGAUGAAGGACAUUCGGGUGGAGGGCACCUGUCCUCGGGUAGUUUACUGGAAGAUGGACAAAGGAGCACAAGGAAGGAUGAGAAAUAUCCGCUUUGUCAACUGGAGCAUCCAAUACCAGCUUCGCGGCAAACAAUUUCAGAAUGUGAUCGCUGGAAACGAAAAUAAUGGUACAGUGGAAAACGUGCAGUUCGUUAACCUCCGCGUUGACAACCGUUGUGUGUCCAGCGACACAAAUUUCAUCGACAAACCAAUGACCAGAAACAUCAAAUUCACAUGUGACGAGUCCAAAGGCCGGAAACACAAGGCGCCAGCUAGAAGAAGGAUGGAGCUGACCAGAAGAAGCAAGAAAAAGCAAAUCCGAAAUUAGAGACAUUUUCCCCGAUGUCAGCAUGCUUCGUCACAUGUCUGCACUCCUUGCUCACUUAAAGGAAAAGUUUCUCCUUUUCGUUGCUUCACAAGUGUAUACAGUGUAUGUGCAUUUAUCCCCCAGCUCCCGUUAUAUUCUCUCAAAGUGUUACAAUUCUACGGGCAUUUCUACACCCAAACCAUUGGAAUUGGUGUCUUAUAUUCCCUGAAUGAGAAUAUUAUUUGUAAAUGUAUUCGGGUAUUCAAUUGAUGUCAUGUAAAGGACAAACUGAAAAUGUUUGCUAUACACUCUGUUAGUUAGGCCUGUGGUAUUCACUUUGAAUUUUAUCUCGUUGUUAAUUAAAAAAAAAAACAGAAUGGUAUCCAGAAAAUGGAUAGCAGCGUGUUUAAACUUAUUUUAUUUCGUGGGUUUCCUGUGAGGUAGGUUGCAUGGAAAAGGUGACUGAAGCAGCUAUCCAACUUUACAGAUUGAUAAAUUCCUGUAACUUUGCUGAUACUGGCCUUUGAGAGUUCCUUUGGCAGACAGUUUUAGGUUGAACUGACACACUUUAUUCACACUGAGAUAAACACUGAGAGCACAAAGAAGGUUAGUUUACAUCACUAAACAUCAUGGAGUGCUGAGUUCUACCAGUUAAACUGCCUAGCUAAGUUAAACUGUCUAGCUAAGUUUAUCAGUUAUGUUGUGUGUGUGAUUCAACCAGUUUUAACUCCACCUGUUACUUCUUUUUAUUCUGUUCCCUUUGUCUGCAUCUGGUUCUUUAUCUGUACAUAAACAUGUUGUCCAAAGGGAGGUCAUCUUUAAAAAGCUGCUACAGUCAGAGUAACCAAUAAAUCCC